AAAAUGAAACUAGAGUCUAGAACCACUAGAGACAAGAACUAUUUUAAUCUGAUUCGAAUUUUGUUUUAUUAAACACAAUAACAGGUUUAUGAAGCUUAUAUUUAACCUUAUAAUCCCAAGAUAUGCGUAUAAGCAAUGGAUUUUGGGUAUCAGCGAUCAAAUUCACUUGCUAGUUGAGGUGCCUGUACACAGUCGAGCUAACCAGGCGGUCUCGAUGCAUAAAAACAGGAUAUGAUAACAUGGCCGUGCAAUCUGACUCCGGCGGGAAGGACGAUGUGAAGACACAGUUUGUAACACGAGAAGGGACGUACCGGUUGAUGACGCUUUCGGAGUACUCACGGCCUAACCGUGUGGGUUAUACUAGUGGCUCUGGUUCCACACAUGUUCGAGUCUCUUUGGUGACUUUGCCUCCAGGUGCUGCUCCUGGCUCUGAUGGACCUACCUCAGAAGACAGAAUUUGUUUUAACCAUGGAAAAGAGCUAUAUGUGUAUGUGUAUAAAGGCAUUAAAAAGGCAGCAGACCUCACAAAACCAGUCGAUAAAAAGAUGUAUAAGGGCACAAACCCAACCUGUCAUGACUUCAACACGGUCACGAUGACACCAGAUAGUGUUUCAUUAGUCAUAGGCUUUUCUACUGGCCAAAUACAAUUAAUAGAUCCUAUUAAGAAAGAAUUAAGUAAACUUUAUAAUGAAGAGAGACUGAUAGAUAAGAGCCGAGUCACAUGCAUUAAGUGGGUGCCAGGCUCAAGUAACCUUUUCAUAGCAGCGCAUGCAUCGGGCCAACUUUAUGUGUACAAUGAGGAGUUAAACUGUGGGACCACAACACCACAAUAUCAACUUUUCAAGCAUGGUGAUGGCUACUCAAUACAUACUUGUCGGACUAAGAGUACUAGAAACCCACUUUACAGGUGGGUGAUAGGUGCGGAGAGCUGUAUAAACGAGUUCGCGUUCUCUCCGUGCGGCACGAAUCUGGCGGUUGUCUCUCAGGACGGCUUCUUGCGCUGCUUUCACUACGAUACCAUGGAACUCGUGGGGCGAGCUCGUUCCUACUUUGGCGGCUUCCUCUGCGUCUGCUGGUCACCAGACGGGAAAUACGUUGUAGUGGGAGGAGAAGACGAUCUUGUCACCGUCUGGUGCUUCAGCGAAAGACGGGUGGUGGCCCGGGGUCAAGGGCACAGGUCAUGGGUCUCGGUCGUAGCCUUCGACCCAUACAUAGUCAGCUUGGGUGAGCCGGACUCGGAAGAUACGCGCGAGGACAAAAGUGAAAGUGCACAGAGUUACAGGCUAGGCAGUGUUUCUCAAGACACACAGUUGUGCUUCUGGGAUUUAACCGAAGACGUUCUCAAACCGGCCGUGCGAGCGAGAGCAUCUACCCACCUUUCCCCUAAUAGCAACAAUAUUUCCUCGAACGGUAUCCCCGGAACGAAAGUACCGCAAAAAUGUACCAAAAACAACAAAAUCGGGCAUAAACAUGCGGAAUUAGGUGGAAAUAACGCCGCCGGCGAACCUUCCGGCGCAAAAGCAAAAUCGAAAUCGAAUAACAUUUCCACUUUGAAUAUUAACGUCGGAAAGGCGAAAGAGGAAGCGUCCGGAUCGUUAGGGGUUAAUUUUACGCAACGACUGGCAGCUUUAUCUUUCGGGGAACGUCGGUCAGAUCACAGACGGAACUUUAGUUUGACAAAGAGUACAGAUAAGUCAUCGGCGGCCAAUACGGUAGCGUUGAGGGGGAAGUCAGCGGGGGCGCAAACGAACGAUAGCUGUGACCCCGUUAAGUUAAUAGGGACUCCGUCGUGUCCCCGUUUCGACGAGUGUCCCGUCUUGGAGCCGCUCGUCUGUAAGAAGAUAGCGCAUGAGAGGCUAACGGCCUUAUUGUUUCGGUCGGAGUACUUUAUAACUGCGUGUGCCGACGGGUGCGUGAACACUUGGUCUCGGCCGUUGCGUUCGGCGCCCGGGCCGACCCGCCGGGACCGAGUCGACCUGACCGACUAGCCCGACCUUAUUGAGUUGUACCGACAGUAUUGCUCCAUUAAUUAUGCCAGUUUUAUAAAUUUACUCUUCAUAAUCUUGAAAAAUUCGACAAUUUUUUUAAAUCAUAUUAGUUAACCGUCUUUAAUAUUAUUUAUUAUAUCUCGGAGUGGUAGUGUGUGGUACAACGAAUAGGGGUAAAUAUAUUCGAUGUCUUGCUUCAUGGCUACUAAUACUUUAAUGCCUCGGUCGUUUCUGACCGUAACAACCGGUUAAAGACUGUUUAUUUUUUAAUAGUAAUGCAGGAUAAUACGAAAUGGCAAAAUGUUAACUAACAAAUAGUAAAGUAGUCUAGGUACUUUUUUAAAACAAGCCUUUUUUGAGAAUAUAUUUUAUAUCUUAUUUGGAGCAAGAUAUUAAGUGAUAAAAAGCGUGUUAGAGAUUUGAAAUUGUAUAAACUUGUGUAUAUACUUUAAGCCACCGUCUCUUGUAAAUAUAGGAAAGCGAUCGCAAUCCAAGAUUGUCCGAGUCGCCACUAUUUCGGCUGUUAAUACUUUAUGGAUAUGGGAGCGUUCAGGUAUUACGUAACGAAUUUUGGGAGGGGGGGGGGGUUCCUUUUGUAAUACGUUACGAUACUGGGCGGGGAUUGAAUUACGCGUUAUUGUUAAUAUUAUUUUCGACUCUCCAAUACUUUACACCACAUAAUGGUAACUUUAGG